CGCACGGCCAGCCUCCCCGCCUGACGUGCAUCCACCCUCGCUGCCUCAUUCUUCCCGCUACCUGUCUGACACACUCAUCUCCAGCCUGCGUGUCACACGGCCCCCGUGCCUCCCCCAGUCAUUGUCUCUUGCGCACGGGUACGCACGCCGGGCAGGCAGGCAGCAAGCAGCCACUGCAGCCACGAUGCCGGCGUGACUGAUGCCACUUCCACCACCCGUUGAUGGCCGCUUUUGACCUGUUCGGCUCAGAUCGGACCUUCCUGAUGAGCGACACCGUCAACGGCAAAGAUGCCACCUCCUCCCUCUCCAGCGAUGCGGCCACCGCUGCCGCCCCCACCGUCGCUUCCUUCUCCCCCAACCAACAGACCGCCUCCCGCUCUCGCGACCAGACGAGCAUAUUGAUCCACCAGAAGUCCCCCUUACUGGUCUCCACUCCGCCCCAAGUCACGCGAGCUCUGGCGUACAGCCAUCCCUUCAUCCUCCCCCUGAACAAGUUGGCCGGACUACUGGCAUGGCGCACCGACGACCCGUGGGAGAGCUUCCUCUUUAUGAGCAUCUUCUGGUUCCUGGUGCUGUAUGGCGAUGCGGUGUUGCGGUGGGCGGGCCCGAUCGUCUUGGUGUCCCUUUUGGUGUUUGGAAUGUACUCGCGACGUUACAGCCCUCUUUCGAGCACGGUGUGGAGCGACGACAAAAAGAGGCGCCCGAAAACGGAAGCGGAUCACCGCAAAACCCUCGAUGAGAUUCUGCACACCCUCUACAACUUCACCGAGAGCUGUGACAUCCUCCUCGACCCCUUCUUGCGCUUGACCGAAUACCUCAGCACCCAGUCCAGCGCCACCUCCGCCACCACCCGUCCGGCGUUGACGACUCUCUUCAUUCGCAUCCUCGCCUUCACCCCUUUCUGGAUUGCGCUUACUCUACCCCCACUUCGCCUCAUCACCACCAAACGAAUUGUUCUUGCAAUGGGCACCGUUGUCAUGAGCUGGCACAGCCAACCCGCACGCGUCUCUCGUACUAUUCUCUGGCGAAGCAAGACGGUCCGCAAAGCAACAUCCCUUCUGACCGGACUUCAAUUUUCCACCGCACCCUUGACAGUCGCUCCGCCGCCCUUCUCCAUCCGCGCUCACGACGCAGCUGCCAAAGUCGCCAAGACCAGGCCAAAAGGGAAGCACUCUACCGACCCGAUUCGCUUCACAUUUACCGUCUACGAAAAUCAACGUCGCUGGAUAGGGCUGGGCUGGACCACAUCGCUCUUUGCCUACGAACGACAGGCAUGGACUGACGAGCACCUCAACACCGUCCCCGACCCGGAUCACUACCAGCUGCCCGACACGGAAAAUGAGACCACCAAGUGGCGAUGGGUUCUUGGGGGCGAGUGGCAUGUCGAAGGUGCGAGCGUCGACGAUGAGAAGUCGGCCAAACGCGUGGGCGGCGGUGGUGGGGGCGACGAUAGUGGAUGGGUCUACUACGAUAACAAGUGGGAGGACGGGAGGAGGGAAGAUGGAUGGUCGAGGUAUACACGGCGGCGAAAGUGGCUCCGCGAUGCCGAACUGGUAGAAGUCAACCCAGAUGGGACGGAAGUGAACUACUCUGCGAGCGAGCCUGCAGAAGCAACAAUCACCCAAGACACAUCAGCGCUGUCGAAGAAGAAGCCUGGUUGGUUCAACAGAAACCCGGGCAGCGUUACCGCGUCCGGCGCGACCACACCGACCCGGAAUGCGCCCAAUGCACGUCAUCGACCGACAAAGUCCGCCCCGAGUGCAGAUGUCCGAGCAGAUCGGUCGGAUGCGGCUUCCGGGCGGAGCACGCUCAGCGCACGGAGUAGAGGAAGCGCCGAUGAAGACGACGUUGCUACGCCUCUCGAACGUGUGAGGCAGUUCGAUUGGGAUCGCACUCUCAACGAAGACAUGGUGGAGCAAUUGAGCUGAUGACACGAUGUAUACGACCGGAUCUCUACGACGCAGUGCAGGCAUGGCAUGUAUGGAGAAGAGGUACACUAUGCCAUUUUUCUAGUUUCUGAACAAUAUGGCGCUCAAAUGAAAGCAUCGGUCCGACGUAG